CGAGCCUAACACCAAAAAUGCGUAUCUUAAUUGUCGUUGCUCUUUUGGCCUUCAUGGCUGUUGGCUUUGUGAAUGCCCGUCCAUCUGAGGAUGAGGAGUCCACUGUCCAGGAAAAUGCUAUUGAGGAUUCGUCCAACAACGAUGAUUCCGCCGACGGAGAAAACCAGGCCAAUGCUGCUGAAGAAGAAUCUGCUGAUGAACAAAGUCAGGAUUCUAAUAAUGACGAAAAUCAGGAAGAAAGCAAUAGUCAAAACAAUCAGGAGAGUUCUGGCAAUGAGUCCAAUCCCGAAUCGAGUGGGGAUGAUAACAACGAGGCAGAUAACAACGAAGAAGAUAACAACGAAGAUGGAGAUAACAACGAGUCGGAGGAUAACAAUGAGGAAGAUGCUCCACCCAAGAAGCAGACUCGUCCAUUUAGGCCCAGCUUCGGUAGCAAUGGACCUCUUUUCAUCUAUGCCAAGCCCCUUUUCCUUAAUUAA